AUGUACAUUAAUAGCUACGGAAAUAUUAAAAAUUCAAAUUUCAUGGAUUCCGUCUACGAAGAGUUUUCCAGGUACGAUUUCGACUCCAAUGAGGAGUAUCUUGCUGGUCUCAAGCAGGUUAUGGAGCAGUACCUGAUUUUGCAAAGCCAGAGCGAUCCAGAGAUUUCAAAAGACAUAUCGGAGGGCGUAUUCGACGUCUCUAAAAUCAAACCUCAAGAUAGGGAACAGCUGGUAUGGCAGGCAAAGGUGUAUUUCUUCUGUUCGCAAACGGGAGAAAUUUUGGACCUUGACGAUUACCGCAAGUGGGAGAGCGAAAGGAAGGUGCAAGAGCCACAGGGAACGAACACAAAGGAAAUCCCGUAUUCGUCGAACUACGAGCAACUGGUGGAUCUGAUUGUCAACAAUAAGCCGAUCCCAGGAAUAAAACAAAUACCAGAUACGGUGCUGGGGCCAGAACUUUCGUCCAACAGCACACUGAGCGAGCGCAAGAAACCUUGGGAACAACAGAAAGAGAAAGAUUGUUCUGAGCAAAAAGAUGCAUGA